CUCUUUGGACCCAGUGAAAAAAGUUUCGAUGCAAGGAUUUUCAUAUGUGGACAGUGAAUUCAUUGAAUUUAUCUGUGCCCAAGAGGUGUAAAAUCAAUCUGCAAUUGUUCAAGAGGACAUGGAAGACUGAUGAUUCCUUUUCGAGUGAUUUAAAGUUGAAAUCUUGGGAAUUAUAAAUUGUAAAAUAUAUAAAUAAUGGCUUUGCGCAAGGGUAAGAGAAAUUUGAAGCUUCAAGUGUCUGAAGAGGCCCCCGUGCCUGUGACACCACCUAGAAAUCUUGAUAAACGAACCACCAUAACAAUAGGUGAAAAAACGUUUAUUGUUGAGGCUGAUGAUCUUGAAACCCUCUGUGUACUCGGUCGAGGGGCUUAUGGAGUUGUUGAUAAGAUGAAACACAAGCAGAGUGGCACAAUAAUGGCUGUAAAGAGAAUCACGGCUACAGUCAACACACAGGAGCAGAAGAGACUGCUGAUGGACCUGGACAUCUCCAUGAGAAGUUCAGAUUGUCCAUACACAGUGCAAUUCUACGGUGCAUUGUUCCGAGAAGGCGAUGUCUGGAUAUGCAUGGAGGUGAUGGAUAUGAGUCUAGAUAAAUUUUAUACAAAGGCCUAUAAGAAUGGAUGCUCAAUACCUGAGGAUAUUUUAGGAAAAAUAGCUUUUGCAGUAGUUAGUGCCCUCCACUAUCUCUACUCUCAAUUGAGGGUGAUACACAGAGACGUUAAGCCUAGCAACAUUUUGAUAAAUCGAAAGGGGGAAGUCAAAAUCUGUGAUUUUGGAAUUUCUGGGUAUCUCGUUGAUUCGGUAGCAAAAACGAUCGAUGCAGGAUGCAAACCCUACAUGGCGCCAGAGAGAAUAGACCCAUCGGGCAAUCCCUCUCAGUACGACAUCCGAUCAGAUGUCUGGUCUCUGGGAAUUUCCCUCGUCGAAUUGGCGACUGGAAAAUUCCCUUACGAGUCCUGGGGGACCCCCUUCGAGCAGUUGAAACAAGUCGUCAAGGAUGACCCCCCAAAGCUACCCCCUGGAAAGUUUUCUCCAGAAUUUCAAAAUCUCAUCACCAAGUGCUUAAUGAAAGACUACACAGCCCGUCCAAACUACAGUCAACUCCUCGAGUUAGAUUUCAUCAUAGAACACUCGAAGAAGGACAUAAAUGUCGCGGAAUUUGUUGAGAAAAUUUUAGACUUGCCAGAUUUUGAGUGAAAAUAAUAGCAAAACUUCCACUGACAUGUACGUACCUUCCUCCAUCACAAAAAAUGAUCCGAGGCAAAAGAAAAAACAGAAUAAAAUAAUUAAUCGUUAGUAUUUGCGCUGUCGCCCGAUAUUUUUGUUAUUAGAAUCGUGGUUACAUCGUAUUCGUAGUCUUGUGUUCAUUGAGAGUUCUCUCUGAAGUUCUAAUCAGUGUCUAUCAUAUGUCUCGGCGAUAUUUUCAAAUAAUUAAAGCACAAUCGAGUCAUAAUAUAGUGUUGUACAUAAACGAUAAUAAUUCAUUACGAAAAUUACAUAAUCUUUCUUUAUAUUAAUUUGGAGUUAAUUAUCACAUUUUAUCCUGCAAAUUUGUGAUAAUCGUCUAGAUACAACUUAAUUACACGUUUUGAUACGCCUUAUACAUAGAUAAUAAUAUCCACUAGUUUGUCAAUAAUAUUGAUUAGUCAAUUAGUGAAUGAAAGAAUUACCCAAAAUUUUGUAGUGAAGCCCAUAACAGAAAUAUAAAAAAUAUGGAUUUCAUAGAUUCAAUCGUUUCAUUAAAAUACUUUACGUCCAUUUAUUUAAAUAAUUAUCCAGCGAUAUGAUAACACAUGGCUAUUAACUAUUACACAAUAUAGAUUUGACUCCAUUAACCUGCUGUCCGAAUAUUUACUCCCCUAUUUUUCAUCGGAAUAAAUAAAUUUUUAUUUUCUCAACAUUUUCAUCAAUACACUGGAAUUUUUUAAUGAUAUUUCAAAUAAUGAAUUAUCAAAAUCAUUAUUUUAAUUAUAAAAAAUAAUACCUCGCUCUGUGCGUUUCAUUGGACAUUGGGAAUUUCAGGAAUUUUUGUGUACAUCGAUAUCAAUAGCAAUAUAUGCCAGCAUAUAGAUAAGAAAAUAUAGUCUCGUGGAAUGUUUAUAAAAGGA